UGAGGUUUUGGUAAAGUGUUUCGAACCUUCGAUGCCGGGGAAAUAUCGCCAUGUUGAGCGUAGUUGCUCCGCGCGAUUGGGUCCUGCUGCCCUAUUUUGGUUCCUCCAAGAUUGACGCAGGGGUUUGGUCGAUCCGGGGCGCGAUAAUCUCUCUCAGCUGCAUUUGUCGAGAGAGCACGGAGGAAGAUCUACUUCUUCUACUUCCACACUAUUUUUAUGGACGAGAAGCAAAGAUUGGAUAUAGACAGCAUCCAGUUGGAUGAUCCUAGCGACUGCUGCGACACGCCACCCGUCUCCCCCUCUGCCAAGGACCGGCGAAAGAAGAAGAAGAAGAAGAACAAGAGUUACUACAGCAAUCCGGCCAGCAUCCAAGCGUUUGAUGAAGGCCGGCAGCAGAAGCUCGCCGAGGAGAAAUCCCGGCAGCUCCACAAACCAUCUACAUUUGCAAGCUCCGAGCCGUGCGCAAUCCCGCUGCGAACUUCCAAAGCUUUUGAGUAUGAGGAUGCUCACGCUUUGGAUAGCUCACCAUCGUCGCCAUAUCCGCUCUCGAGCUCGUGUCCGUUGUUUUCGCUGCGAUCCGCAUUGCGUGGAGGCCAUGAAGGCCUGGGUUUGGGACCGAGGCCUAAGCUACACGUAAAGUGGGCCGUCGACGUUCGUGAUCCGCCCAAGAGCAGCGUCUCCCACACACUCAAUCGCCACAACAGCUCGAGAAAGAAACGGUCCAAGUCCAAGACAAAAACCAAGUCUGGAGGCUUAAAACCAUUGAACAGUGGCUCAAUGAUGGAGGGCCAAGAAGUCGUCCCUUGCGCUCCUGAUAGCCCUGUUUCAGAGGACGAAACGGUUGGCCAAAAGCCUGGCCUUACCGGCGGACUGUUUCCUCCCAGAAACCUUACUUUCACGCUUGAUGAACUUCACUCAAACUUGGCAUGGUCAUCAGCCAAAAGCUUCUUUGCCUCUAUGGAGGUGGCCAUGCAACACAUGCUUCUGGCUUCUAGUUUCAUCGAACAGGGAAAUAUUGCCGGUGCUUUGAUCGAGUACAAGGCCGCAGCCAACGUCUUCAGAUUGGCCAAGCUCGACUCCGAGACUGAAGGCCGCAGCGAGUGUAGAACCGCGGCAGUCAGGGGCCAAGUUCUCGCCUGGAUCGCCAUGGCGACGCUCUACAGCGCGAGCGGUCAGAGCCUCAAGGGGCAAAAAUGCCACAACUUGGCACUGGAGGCGUGCCAGGAGGUGGGAAUGAGCUACAAGGAUAGCAUCCAGUGCGUUGAGAACUUCCCGGCCGCGCACCAAUUCAAAGGAAAUGGUGGAAGCAAUCACUGCAGCCUCGCGGCGGCGCUAUCGUCGGCCUCGAGCGCCUGUGAAGCGUCAAGAACAGAGAAGACGAGUGUUUGUAUAUAAGUUUUUUCCUCUAACGUAAGGUGUCCUUACACGCAAA